UUCCAGAGAAAUGAAAAUAUUUAGUGUUUUUAUAUUCAUAGCCUACUGUCAUAUGCUGAAAGCAUUUACUAUUACAGUUACCAAGGACCUGUAUGUGGUAGAAUAUGACAGCAAUGUGACCAUUGAAUGUCAAUUUCCUGUAGAAGAACAGUUAGAUAUGGAUUCACUAAUUGUCUACUGGGAAGUGGACGGCAAAAAAAUUACUAAGUUUGUGGAUGGGAAGGAAGACUUGACUGUACAGCACAGUAGCUACAGCCAGAGGGCCCAUCUGUUGAUAGACAAGCUCUUUCUGGGAAAGGCUGCACUUCAAAUCACAAAGGUGAAAAUGCAGGAUGCAGGGGUUUAUUCCUGCGUGAUCGGUUAUGGCGGUGCUGACUACAAGCGCAUCACUUUGAAAGUAUAUGCUCCAUACCGUGAAAUCAACCAACAAAUUUCCAUGGAUCCAAUUACCUCUGAAUAUGAACUGAUGUGUCAAGCUGAGGGUUUCCCUGAAGCUGAAGUCUUCUGGACAAGUAGUGACCAUAGAGUCCUGACUGGCAAAACCACCAUCACCAAUUCCAAAGGGGAAGAGAAACUUCUCAAUGUGACAAGCAUUCUGAGAAUCAAUGCAACAGCUAAUGACAUUUUCUAUUGCACUUUUCGGAGUCCACAGGAUAAGAAAAACAGAACAGCUAAAUUGGUCAUCCCAGAACCAUUUGGGAUUCCGGAAUAUCAAAGGACUCACUAUAUAAGUCUGGGAGCUGUCCUGUUGUUCCUUAUAGCCCUGGCAAUCAUCUGUCUUAAGAAAGAUGGUAUUUUCUUUUAUGCACUGUCUCCACUGCUGAGUAGUAUUUAA